AUGCAAUAAUAGCAAUAGAUGCAACUUCAAUAGCAACAAACCUCAAACAUUUAUCCCAAUCAGAUGUAGUAGCAAAUGCAACAGCCAAUGAUGUAAGGUUAUAUGCAAAAUAUUCCAACAAACUCAUCAUCUCCAAUCAACCCAUUCAUGAACCAGUAUCCAGAUUAGAAUGCCUAUAUUCCAGUUCAACAACAACAGCAAAUGCCAAGUAACUUCUAAAUGAAUUAGAUGCAAAAUAUGAACUAAACUGUUAUUAACUAAGCUGAUAAUGCUUUUGGCAACAUAAAUGGCACAUUUGGAUCAAGUUAUGAUCAACCUCAGCUUACUGGACUUCAAACUCAAAAUAUUAAUUAGUAGUAGUUACCUGCUGAAAACAAGAAAAGCAAAAAAGCAAUUGGAUAAACUUAGGGGAACAAUGCCUUGAAAAGAAAAAGAGCAAGCAACAAGAACAUUUGGGUUCAAAAGAGUAGAAAAGCUUGUUUAAGAGCCUAAAGAUAAAAGAGAGAAAAGAUCUUAGGCCAACAAGGUCUAGUUGGUUCACCAGAUCUUAUUGAUUAAAUCAACACUUUAAACAUUGGAGGUAAAUCAAAAGCUCCAAAAGUUAAGAAGCCUAAGGAAUCAAGCAAAAUGCAACUCGAUCCUUCAAGAACUAAUCCAGCUAGAGGAGCUAAAGUAGAAAAAGGUGGAUACAAUGAAAGCAAAAUGACUCAAUCAAAUAUUGAAUAGUUCCCUAAGAUUGUUAAGGAAAAGAAGAAAGAUACUGCAAUGGAAGUAGAUUAAACUCAACAAGAUGACUUUGUGGAUCCAAGCAAUCCAUAUGAAAAGAUUACUAUCACUGGAAAUCAAAAUGACGAGGACAUUUAAUGCGAUGUCUGCUUAGAAUAUGAAUAUGAAGAUGAUGAUCAAAUUGUAAUGUGCGAUUUAUGCAACGUUGGUGUUCACUAAUCCUGCUAUGGAAGUGAUCUUACUCAUGGUGUUCCAGUUGGAAACUGGUAUUGUGAAAGAUGCAGUGUGCUCUUAAGAAACAGAGAUAUGAAAUGCACUGAAAUUAAAUGCUUCCUCUGCCCAGACAUUGAUGGAGUAUUAAAGCAAAUCGACAAUGAAUUGUGGGCUCAUGCAAUCUGUGUGAAUUGGAAUCCAGAUAUUUAUUUUACUGAUGCUAAAAAGAACAAGGUAGAGGGAGUUCUCAAUAAACAAAGAUUUGAACUAAACUGCUAAAAAUGCCACAAAAAAGGAAAAGGAACUUGCAUUUAAUGUGAUUAUAAGAACUGCUCUCGUAGCUACCAUGUCAGAUGUGCAGUCAGAAGAGGAUUAAUUUAAGAAUGGGAAAAAAUGGAAGAUAAAGCAGGAGAAGCUUAAGAUAAUUUCAUUCCAGUAUUCUGCGAAGAUCAUGAAAAGAAAGGUUAUGAGAAGUUCAAAAAAGGAGGAAAAUAAGAAAUCUAGAGCAUUUAAAUGACCUAAGCUUUUAAAGAAAAAGCUGCUGAGAGACUAAACAAGUAUAGAGAAAUUCAAAGCCAAAAAACUGGAAAAUAAGUAAAGAAGGCUAAAAUAGCAAGUAAAUUUAACAAAAAGAAAACCUUGAAGGUUAAUGGCAUUAAUUUGAGCAACAAGCAAGCAUUUAAGGAUAUUAAAGAUGUAGUUCAAAGAAUUUCUUGUGCUUCCAACUCAUAGAAGAAAUCAAAGAAAGUUAAGGGAAAGAAUGUAAGAAAGAUUCAAAAAUCUAAGGAUAUCCCAAGACCACAACAUAAGUCAAUUGGCAAGCAAUAGUAAGGUAAAAAGAGAAUAAUCUAGUCAGCAAGAUCAAGCAAAGCUAAUACUAAAGAUUCAAAUCAGCAACCAAACAAUCAAUUGAAUCAGAUGAUGUAAACAUUCUCAUAAUUCAUGGGAAAUAUGAUGACUGGUGGAUUUGGAAUGGGUGUUCCUUAAAAUUAAGGAUCUGGUAACAAUCAAGCUAAAAAUCAACCUAAAACUGUCCAUCCAAAAACCAAGGCUAUAAUGAAAGGUAGAACAAACAAAGUGGUUAAGCCUAGAGAGGAUCAAAAGGCCAAAGAAGUGCUUAUUAAGGAAUCAACUCAAGGAAAUUAAGCUCAAACUUCAUUGUUGAGCACCUAAAAAAGAGGAGCAAGAACCAAGAAGCAACAGGACCAGAAUUAAGCCAACAACAUGACUGUACAACAGCAACAGUAGAACUUGAUGCAAUCACUCUAUCCUCAGGCUCCAUUCAACCCAUACCUCGGAACACCUAUUAUGUCAGGCACUAUGUUCGGCAACGGGCAAUCAUUGCCUAAAAUAUUCUGA